AUGCCGCGGCUGCCCCAGCCAACACCAGCUUGGCCAAGUCCUCCUGCUGCUCUGUCCCACUCCCCCUGUCAGCCCAUCUCCUCCUCAGCCUCCAGAACGCAGCAUCACACCAUGGUGCUGAGCCCUGAGCUCGCACAGGACACUGGCCACAGGAGCAACCCUUCUGUCAGGCCACCCUACACCUACGCCAGCCUCAUCUGCAUGGCCAUGGAAGCCAGCCAGAAGCCCAGCAUCUCCCUCUCUGACAUCUACAAGUGGAUCAGGGACAACUUCAGCUACUUCCGACACGCUGAUCCCAGCUGGCAGAGAUCCAUCCGGCGCAAACUCUCCUUGAACAAGAGCUUCAUCAGGGUGCCCCAGGAGAAGGGGGAGACAGGCAGAGGCGGCUUUUGGACGCUUCACCCCGAAUAUGCCCAGAGGCUCAAGAACAUUGUCUGCAAACGGCGGAGCAUGCCCCCAGCACACAGUCACGCGGCCUGUCCUGCAACAGCCCCGCAAGGUACAGGGAGCCUCACCACCACAGACACCUCCUCUGGCACAUACACUUCCAUCCUCAAUGUCAACAGAGAGUUGCAGCAGCUGCUGAAGGAGUUUGAAGAAGACACCAGCAACCAGACCCUGGCUGCAGCAGAUGGCAAAGCAGGGCAGAGGCACAAGAAGCCAUCACCCAAACCAACGGCCAGACUGCCUCGGCUUUGCAGCCCUGUCCUGCUGAGCCAGGAGAAGCAGCCGGAGCUGGGGGCACUGGAAGAGGAUUUUGACUGUGAAGCCAUCUGCAACACCAAUUCAUGUGGAGAAUUUGACACUAAACUGAGCAGAGACAUUGCCUGCAAACAGCGGAGGAUGCCCCAAGCACAGAGCCACGCAGCCUGUCCUGCAACAGCCCCGCAAGGCACAGCGAGCCUCACCACCACAGACACCUCCUCUGGCACCUACACUUCCCUCCUAACUGGCAACAGGGAGGUGCAGCAGCGGCUGAAGGAGUUUGAAGAAGCCACCAGCAACCAGACCCUGGCUGCAGCAGAUGGCAAAGCAGGGCAGAAGCGCAAGAAGCCAUCGCCUGCAGGAAUGGCCAAGGUGACUUGGCUUUGCAGGCCUGUCCUGCUGAGCCAGGAGCAGCAGCCGGACCUGGGGCCACUGCAAGGGGACUUGGACUGGGAAGCCUUCUUCUACACCAACCGACGUGGAGGCUUUGACAGCAAAACCAGCUCCAACAGCAAUGUGGACAGUGACUCUGACUCAGAAAGCAGCUUCAUCACCAUCUCAAACCGUGACUCUCCACUUCUGGAGCUCACAGAACCAAACAGCCCUGCAGAACACGAGCCAGAGCUGACGGCACAUGGGCACCACAUCCACCAGCUCCAGGAUGGCCAGGAGCAGCUGCAGCUCCUCACUGAAGCCAGCGUGAACAACCUGGACUUUGAUGAAACCUUCAUGGCCACUUAUUUCCUGCAACAGGAGUUGGACAAAGAGACAAACGACUGUCUCUAUUACUGA